AUGUCUGCUGAUGAAUCAGAUGUAAUUUGCAUUGAGGAUGAAGAAAAUAUAGAAGGAAAUGGGGUGAAAGAUUUUAACAAUGGUCCUGUGUGCCAAAAAAGUUUCUCCAAAAAUGUGUGUGGUUCGUUUUCACCAGAAAUAGCUGAUUCAAAAAAGAAUGAUGGCGGUACUAAUGGCUGUGAACAGUUUCGCAUAUCACUUUCGCAGUUACCAAACAGUUCUGAUAAGGUGGUUCAAGAAAAAGAGCAGAAAAAACGUGAUAAAGCUCAUCGAGUACCCUCUAUUUUAGACGAAUUUUUUGGUGUCUAUUGUUUGUUGAGUCGAAGUUCGAACAGAUAUUUCAAGAAUCGUUGUUACAUUGGUUAUACUGUCAACCCUAAUCGACGUAUACGGCAACAUAAUGCUGGGAAAGAAUUUGGAGGAGCGAAAAAAACGGAUCAUAGAGGACCAUGGUAUGGAUAUGGUAUGCAUCAUACAUGGUUUUCCAAACAAUGUGUCUGCAUUACGAUUCGAAUGGGCUUGGCAAAAUCCAGAGAAGUCGAGAAGGCUACGACCUUUGAAUUUAAAAAAAAAACGAAUGAAACUGCUUUUGAAUUUCGUUUGCGUAUUGCUUGCCAUAUGUUGAAUAGCGAUCCGUGGCGACGCCUUUCACUUACAUUCCGAUGGCUAUUACCUGAACUGGAAAUUCCAUUCCCACUGGAUGUUCUACCUCCUUCACAUAUCGCUGUGGAACAUGGCGCUGUGACAAAAAUAUCGACAGUAAUACCUCAGUUGCGGGAAGAAUAUGAUGUCAUUGGAAUUUGUUCGCUUUGCUUAAAGUCAAUAAAUUCGAUCUCUGAAUUGCUUCGUUGUAGCGCCACUGAAAUAUGCAAAUCUCAUUUCCACAUGCGAUGUUUGUCGAAAUACGCUUUGAAUGCUGAUGACGAAUACAAAAACCUUGUUGUUUCCUAUUCAAGGGCAGUGUCCCAAAUGUGAGAUCAACAUCAUUUGAACACCGUUAUAUUUAUCAUAUUAUCAUCAACCAGCGGAAGUGAUUUGGACUAAGAUUCAAAAUUUGGAAGCUGCUGGAGCUUUUAAGUAGUUUUUGGCGCUGACGACUGGAACAUUCAUCGUUUUCAUAGCUGAAGUGAUCCGAAUUCUAAUCUUACAUGUAUUGAUCUGAUGAUAUCCAGCACGAAAAAAUUGUCCCGAUACAAAAGAGCUGUGGGAAGGAUUUGGAAAUAAGAAAGGGUGGAAGUAAUUAAACUGUUGUUGGGCCAACGCAUGGACAACCCACUGGUGGUAAUGAAAGAGAUUUCAAAAGACAGUUUCCAUUGCUUUAUAAAUAAAUAUAUUACAAUGCCAUUAAUCCUUCCAAUUAAUGAAGUAAUGUGGCAUAGUUUAUUGGAUUCUUCCGCAUAACUCUAUAUUAUUAUGUUACGGGAAAUUCUGGAUAAAUGAACUUUGUCAUUAGUUUAAGUCCAAAUUUCAUCUCCAUCAAUUGUUAUUUUGAACAGAUUAUUCCGUUCGAUUAAUUUUGACAUGUGUUAGAGAAUAGUCUUUUAGUAAGGUAUGCUACUAUCUUAUUGUCAUAUCUUCCCCAUAAUAUAUCUGAUGCAAUGCUGUCAUGCCUGUUUGGAAGCAGUUUUUACCGGAAGAAAAUGUUGCCAUCUUGUUUGUCACUUCGUUACAUUUGUUGCAUCCUAAAUUUCUCUCCACUUUUUUUUUUU